GUUCCACGACUCGUCGCUGUUUGGCGAAUGCGCUGCGUGCAGUAGUGAAAAACAAAAAAAAGCUUGAAAAAUGGACGAACUAGCGGUGGAAGUUUGUGGCGAAAAUGGAGCAUAUUAUAAGGGUGUUGUCACAGACGUCUUCGACGACGGCGUUAAGGUUGCGUUCGAAGAGGAUUGGCAGGAGGAGUCCAAGUUCCACUUCAACCUCGUGCGCUUCCCGCCCGCCGAUCCCAACAGCAGCCUGCCGCAGCUGGCCGAGGGCAUGGAGGUGGAGGUGUACUCGCGCUCCAACGAGCGCGAGGCGUGCGGCUGGUGGAUGGCGUCCAUCAAGAUGAUCAAGGGCAGCUUCCACGUGGUGGAGUACCUCGGCUGGGAUCACAGCUACACAGAGAUCGUGCCCGUGGAGCGACUGCGAUUGAAGAACACAAACCUGCCCAUCAAUGCCAAAACCUUUCACCGAUUCGAGAUCGAGGUGCCGGAGGACUUGCGGGACUAUGCCAAAGUUGAGGGUGUCGACAAGGAGUUCCAGAAGGCCGUGCGCGCCCUCGUCUGCCGCUACGUCCCGGAGCGCGGCAUCUACAAGUUCAUUUCGAAGAAUGAGAUGUCACAGAAGCGCGCGCUCAUGAUGCAGGACAUGCACUUCCGGAAUCUCAGUCAAAAGGUAACACUGCUGAAGCGAACGGAAGAGGCUGCGAGGCAACUGGAGUCGACUAAAUUACACAAUUCUGGAGGAUAUUCGGAUGAAUUCAGAGUACGUGAAGAUUUGAUGGGACUCGCGAUUGGAGCGCACGGUACUAAUAUUCAGACAGCUCGGAAAUUGGAUGGCGUUCUUCAUGUGGAGCUGGAGGAGAAUACAUGUACAUUUAAGAUAUUUGGCGAUUCGGACGAGGCUGUUAAGAAGGCGCGAUCGCUGCUGGAGUACAGCGAAGAGUCCAUCCAAGUCCCGCGCAGUCUGGUGGGGAAGGUGAUCGGGAAGAAUGGGCGCAUAAUUCAGGAGAUUGUGGACAAGAGCGGCGUGGUGCGGGUGAAAUAUUCACAGAUUGCUGGCGACAAUGACACGCAACAGAGUAUUCCUCGUGAGGAAGGUCAAGUUCCUUUUGUCUUCGUGGGCAUCGUUGAGAAUAUUGCCAAUGCCAAGGUACUUCUGGAAUACCAUUUACAGCAUCUGAAGGAAGUUGAGCAACUCCGUCAGGAGAAACUGGAGAUUGAUCAGCAAUUGCGUGCACUUCAGGGCUCGUCGCUGGGCUCCAUGCAGAGUUAUCCAUCGUCCAGGCGAUCUGAGCGCGGCUACAGCAGUGAUAUGGACUCGAUGAAUCGUGCUGGGCGCGGAGCACCGCGCGGCGGACGAAUGCGUGGCCGCGGAAAUCCGCGAUAUCAUCCAUCUGACUCGAGACGUCGCGAGAAUGCCGACGAGGAUUAUCACGCACGCGGCGAGCACAAGCGCAGCUACAUGGACGGCAGUGGCGCUGAGGGUGGAAGUCGAGGCGGCGCCGGCGGCAGCCGCGGCGGGAGCAGCUUCGAGAGGGGCGAGCGUCGCGGCGGACGCGGCGGCAACGAUCGCAGGCCCGGCGAAGGAAGGCGGGAUCCUCCAGAGUACGGCGCGACUCGAGGCGAGAAUUUCCACCAUCAGCAGAAUCACGAGGAAGUGCGCGAGAGUCGAGACGUGAGCAGUGUUGAUCGAGCAGAUAGUCAAUCAUCGACAGAGGGCGGCGGUGUAAAUAAUCGACGACGACGCCGUCAGAAGAAUACGACGCAUUCAACGAAUGGCAUUGCCAAGCAGGCGACGAGCAUGAAUGCGAGCUCAAUGAGUAAUCCUGGCAGUGGUGAGACUGUGGAGAAGGCUUCGGGCGCACAAGGCGGCAACAGCAGCGGCCAGGCGGCGGCGACAGGCGCGAACAGCGCCGCUCCGGCUGGUGGGAAUCCCAAUCCGAAAGGACAACGAGAGCCGCGCAACCGCCGCGGCGUGGGCGGCAGCAAGCAUCAGGCGAAGGGUGGCGCAGGAGCCGCCGCGACGCCCGCGGCGGCCGGCGAUGAUCUCUCUGCUGCCGCCGCUGCCAAGCCAGUUGCGCCGGAGUCAAAUCACAUCAUCAACGGUGCAGCCUAAAGUGGACACAGAGGACACAUGACAGAGCAGCACACAAAACACACGAAAACAGGCGAUUGGCGAGAGAGAGAGAGAGUGAGCAGGAGAGGGAGAAAGAGAGAAGAGAGCGAUGGGCGGACGCGAUAAUAUCUAUCACACACCACAUAAAUAUUUCGACUUAAUGAAUUACCGAAUUUGAGAGACACUUGAUCUUAACCCGAAGAGCAAAAUUGCGCUAUGUAUGGAGAAGAGAGAGAGAUAACACAAGAUCACAUGCAUAAUAUUGUAGACAAAUUGAUGUCUUUUUUCUUUAGUAAAAAAAAGGGGAUUUUUUUUCGUUGAUUUUCCCAACCAAAGUCACAAGUUGAAUUGGAAGAAUUUGACAAUAUAUAUAUUUCCUUUGGUUGAUAAAUCUGGGUUUCUUUGUUUCGAUGGGAAAAGCAGUUAAAAAGAAGAAAAAAUUGUAUAAUUUCUUUGUGAAGAUGAGGGAGAAAGAAAUGAAGUUAAAUUAUGUGUGGCUCAAUUUGAAAAGAUUGAAGCUUGAAAAAAACAUUGAAAUACAAGAUGAAAUAUUCAAAAAGAAAAAAAGAAGAGAAAUAUCUUUUUCGAAGAUAAUCCCGAGAAGUGAAACUGCAGCUGAAGAAGAAUGGCAGAUGAUCUUGAAGAGAGAGAAAGAGAUAAACAGCAAUGCAAAUUUCUUAUCGUAGAGAAGUGUUUCACAUAAUGAUCACACACUUAUUCAGUUGUGUAGUGUUGUUAUGCAAAGAUUGAUGAGCAUAAAAUUGAAUAUUUAUCCCCCUUUUUGUCAUAAUAUUUUUGGUUGUUUAUUCAAUAACUAUUCUUACUUUUACUGCUGGCUUCAAAAUAAUAAUGAAAAUGAAGAGAAAAAUACAUCAUAAAAAUAAAGAGAGAAAGAAAGAGAGAAAAUUUGUGAAACAGAAGGGAAGAAAAUGUGAAAUUCUGGACUAAGAACUCAAAGUUAAAAUCUAAAUAAGUAACAAAUGAUUACACGCUGUAGUGAAGAAGAAGAAGAAGAUGAUGAUAAAGAUGAAGAUGAAGAAUUUAAGUAAGUGAGCUUUUUGUACUACUUUCUUAUCAUGCGAGAGUUCUAUAAUCAAUUUUUUUUCUUUUUUCCCCCAAUUUCAAUUAAAGCCUCUGUAUUUUUAUUUUGUUCAUUUCCACCAGUAUAUUUAAUAAUAAUAAUGGAAAUACAAGUUUUUCUUUUCCUCUUCUUUGAUGAACUGAUAUAAUUACGAAUGAUAGAACUGUUUUUUUUUGUCAAAUCCUAGGAUUAUAAAUAUUUGCUAUAUUCGAUGAUGAUAAUGAUGAUGAUAAAUGGAAAGAAUUGUAAUGAACAAUGCGCGAAGGGAAGAUUAAUUUAAAAACGCUGAACGUGUUUAAUGGAGAGAUAAAUGAUUUAUUUUGCUGAUUUACUAACACCUUCCUAUGACCACACUUUAGUGACUUUAGUUAUGUAGGAUGUUUGUUUCUUUGGUGCGCAAGGAAUUUUGCGAUUGAAAAGCAGGCUUAAAAAAAUAUUGAGAGAAAAUUAAAAGGAUUGUUUCUUGAUUUGCGACUUUUUUUGUACGACAUUUUUUCGUCUUUCAAAAGGGUGAAAACAAGAGAGAGAGAAAAACACACGAGAGAAAUAAAUAAAAAAAAACUCUUCUCAUCUAUUACAUUAGUUACAAUUUACAUUUUUUGCAAUGUAGAGAGAAAAACAAAAAAUGGAGAGUAAAGAAAAAAGGAAAGGAAACAUUUUUAAAGAAGAAAAGAUGUAACACUUAAAAACAGAGCAUAGAUUCUUAUAAUGUAAUAGCAUUUUGAGUGUUUAUUGACGUGGAGAAAAAAAAAUACAA